UGACGCACCGUCUCCACUCGGCGGAGGACUCGUUGUGAAAAGCGGUCAAAGUGUUCGUGUCGCAGCGGUCCUCCACCGGAGGUGCGCUCGGUGCUCGGUAGGGGGAAACCGUGGGACCUGGUCCCCCGGAGGACUCCGGUACCGGCCCCGGUGCGACUCGUCCGGUCAGCUGCCUCAGCGGUUCCUGCUCUCCGGACCGGCGGCUCUUGGCUUCUUUUUAAGUUGCGUCACGUGCAUUAAAAGUGUUCCGGUGGAACCGGGAGUUUUGACCGGACGCCUUUGGAAACAAGCGCGAGUGUUUUUGUGCGUGUGUUCAUCACGCGACCGUAACAUCGAGACGGGUGCGCGCGAAGCGGCGUUGCGGCGUUGCGGCGGGGGGGGGUUAACGUGACAGUCCUGUCCUGUGCUCGGACACGGAACCGGAACCGGGGAGGGGGAGAUGUGGUAGAGCGGUGCCCGCCGCCGUGUGUUCGACCCCCACCGACUCGGCGGCUGUGCUCGCUCGGGAGAGGCCUGCGGGUUCGGGCUUCCACCGGGCUUGCGUAGAGCCCGACGCCGUCACCAGAGCGUCGGAGGACGGCCACGACGGGCCCGUGGAAGGCAGAGGCAUGGAACGGAUGGAAGUGGACCAGUGCGCAGGCGCAGCUGGAGGGGCACUCCGCAGGUCGAACAGCGCCCCCAUGAUCACCAGUGUCAGUGACGGGAUGGCGAUGUUCAGUCCAGUGUCCUCGGCCCGGUACAGACGCAGCAGCGUGUCCAUCAACCCCAGCGGCCCUUCACAGCUCGUCCCUCUCUCCCCUUCCUCAGCGACCAGAGACCACAAGAGACAGGAGGAGAACAUGGAGACGAUACUCCGAGGGAGCCUGCAGAGACUGAGUGCUUCCAGUCUGAACCCAGUUCAUCCAGCCAGUCAGUGGCAUAACCCCACGUCCGUGUGGUCACAGGACAGCGGCGUGACCCCCAGCUCCUCCCCAAGCCCCCCCAGGAGGUUCAGACCAGCAGGGGGGGCCACAGUGAGAUCACCUGUGAUGACUCCACUCAAGAGGAAAGGGGGGGUGGAGUCCGACGGACCCCCGAAGAAGCUUUUCGUUGCCGGGGUAACGGAUCCGGCCCAGCGGAGCAGCAGCUACACCUUCAGCGUUUCUCAGUCGGCGGCGGACUCCCCCCCCGCAGGAGGCGUCAGUCCCCAGUCUCUGUCCCCCCCUCCCCCGUCCUUCACCGCCUUCGCCUCCCACCAGCACCCCAGACACUAGAGCCCCCCACACCCAGGGUGCAGACCUCCUCGACCCCCCGGGUGCAGACUGACCACCAGCCCCCCCCCCCCCAUCUGUCCAUAUUUAGCUCAUCUGAUAUUUAAAAGAAACGACUAAAAACCACACAAAUAAACCAGAGGUUUGCGUGGUUGGAGACGUGAAGGUCCACCGGCUGGGGGUCACGUGCUGGACCUGCUGUGGCUCCUGAAGGUCUUUAUGAUUUCUGAGCUAUCUGCUCUGGAAAAGGUUGUGAGGUCAGAGGUCAGAACCGGCGUUCACAUGGUGGAAGAAACGCUGUGGAGGCUUUGAUGCUUUUUCUGAUUUCGUGCUUUUCUUCCUGUGGAAAGAAGUCAAAGUGGAGAUGACCUGCAGAUACGUGGAGGUUCAGCCUGAAGCGCCUUCCUGCUUCUUUGAGCCAAACAUCUUUUUAUUUGUGACAAACAUUCAGAUUUAAAUAAUCAAUAAAGUCCAUUUAGGUUCUAACCAUCAAACCGAGGUUCUGAUCCAAUAAAUGUCUUAAUUCAAACUUAGUCUGAGCACAAUGAAUCGUGGCCAGUUUACACUUCCAUGAUGAACAUGAACUUUAAGGACCUUCAUCCCACUGAAGGAACAAAACGCUGCCAAAAUGGUUUUUGUUGUUUUGAGAUCUUUAUUCUUUAUUUUCUUUAUUUCACCUUUGACGCGCUGCUCGUAGACGAAGCGACUUUCUGCUUCCAGAACGUUCUCAAGCCAAAACGAAAGCUGCAAUUUAAGGAGAUCAGUAUUCAUCAAUGUUUGUCUCCUUUCCUCUCUCUUUAUUUUCCUUCAAAUGUUUAAAGUGUUUCUUUUCAUUUUGUAUUUGUUAAAACGACAUUUUCAGUGUGAUUGGAGGUUUUUGCUCAUUAGCAACAGUUAGCAUGAGAUGCUAAAGUGCAAUGCUAACAUUAGUCCUGGAGGAGCAAUGGGGAGAAAAUCAUCAUCAGUCUUUUAAGCUCAACAUGUUCAACUAUUUCCUCUUGAAAAUAAUAAUUUGUUGAUAUAAAUGUAAUGAGAAACUUAUUCGACGUCCAUUUUGGCGUUUUAAGAUAAAAACCAAAUGCCACAAAAGCUGUUUUUCAAAUGUUUUGUCCUCUGAAUAUUUUGUUCAAGACAUUUUAAUACAUUAUUCCAAAUUUCAAGCAAAUAGUUGGAGGCAUAAAAAAGUUGAUUUAAAUGAGAUAACGGUUUAAAACCUCCCGUAUCACUGAAAACGUGUAUUUUGGAUUAUUCUGGCUUUGUUGUGACUUGGUAAAAAAAGCUUAAUUUUGUUUUUAUUAUUUUCAGCAGCUUCUUUAUUUUUUUUAAUGGUUUGUCUUUUAUUCAUGUUUCAUUAUUCAUGUUUAUUACACAAGUUAAGCUUCAUCGGGAUGCCAGAGAUGCUUUUUACUUCGAGGGGAUUCAUUCAUUCAUUUGACGUCUCCUUGACGCUUUGGUUCCAAAGACACAUUUCACUCUGGUGGUUUUUCCUCGGUAACAUGAACGCAUCCUGAUAACGUCCUUCAUCACAGUACUCGUUUUUACUGAGUGGGGCUUGAAAGCAACGCAGCGACUCAUUCCAAGCUCCGUUAGCUCGUUAGCUCCCUUACGUAGCCAAGAAGGACUGUGCUGCUAACGCUAACUAGCGUCAACAUUUGCUCUUAUCGGUGAGCAACGUCGACUUCUAAAUAUCAAAUAUCGGAAUUUACUUCUCAAGAAAAAAGGAAACGCUUUGUACUUUGUUGUUAUUCUGAGAAACUACAGUUCUCAGAAUUAAACUUUAUGAAUAAAAGUCCACUUCCCUUUGCUGGUCCUCAUGCUAAGCUAACACGUAGCCUUUUCACCUUUCAACACACUCAGAACUUUUAUUCCGGCUUUGUAAGAUUUAACCAUGAA